UCGCCGAGUCUCGCGAGAGGUUCUCUGCGCGAGCAUCAGCAGGCUGCUAGCGUCUCUCGUCUGGUCUCAAUCUUGUUAUCGAGCAAAAAGAAGAAGAAGAAGAAAAAAGACGACGAAGCCUGACGGGACGCCAUCACGCCGCUAUGCGUCCCGCACCCCCGCGGCGUUCCUCACGUUAGGGGUCGGCCCAUCUGACGGACGCCUGAGCCCGGCUGUGAUUUGCAGGAUGUGGCCUCACACGCGUCGCCACGCUAUCGCCGCCUGACCGUUGCGAGGAAACAUGGAUGCCGUGGGGAUCAUGUAGCUAGACACCGUGGGCUCCCAUGAUGCAUCGCGGCGCAUGAGCGGCGGGUUCGCCACUGGCCUGUAAGCGAUCGGACACGCCUGCGGCGUUUCCCGCGUCCGGGCUGAUCUGAUUCGGCGUUGUCGGCAGGAGGAUGAACGGCUCGCUUUUGACUCCGCCCAGCCCGCGGGCCACAAAUUCCUCUCCCUUGCCCCCGUCGCCCUCCCCGUCGCCCUCCCCGCCGUCACCCUCUCUGCUGCCCCUGUCCCCCCGGCCGCCGCCCCUCCCGCCCCUGAUGAGCCCGCCGCCGCCGCCGCCGGCCCACCCCUCCUCCUCGCUUUCGGACACGCCCACGCCCUCACCCUCGCCCUGCCUCAGCUGGACUGAAUUCUGCGAGCUUCACGCCCGUGUGGCGGCCGCCGACUUUGCGCGCCACUUCCGGGCGUUCCUCUUGGAGAACCCGCACUACUCGCCCGACUCGGCCACCGCCUUCUGCUGCCGCUUCACCGAUCGCUUCGUCCGCCACUUCCAGAGCGAACUGGAGGGGGCGCAGCCACGCGGCGGCGCCUCCGGCGGGGAGGAGCCAAUGAGCUGGGCUCCCCGGUCGGACGCCAACUCCCUGGAAGAAGAGGCCGUCUCCCCCUUGUCGGCGUCCGGGGGGGCUGUCCCGCCCUGCCCCGCCGCUAACACGUCGCGGCCCGCCUCCAAACUGGCGCCCGCGCGCCUCCUGCUGGACGGCCGCAGCGGCGACAAAUUUCAAGAUCCCUACGCCCACAGCCAGGUCCUACCUCCCUCUUCGUCGUCCUCCUGCUGCUCUUCCGUGGGCGGCAACAACGGCAGGCGGGACGACAGGGUCGGGGCCGCGGCGGGCGGGAACGGGGACGCGCCUGUCGAGGAAGAGGAGGACAGCUGGCUGGGGGCGGAGGCGGAGCCGGAUGAGCGGGGAGCAGAGAGCGGUGAGGCGGACUGUCCCGACGCCUCGCGCACGCCCCCGCCCGGCUCUAAAUGCGGUGGUUCCGGCUCUAAAAAUAAAGUGAAGAAGCGCUUCUCGCUACGCAGCGUGGGACGCAGCGUGCGUGGGAGCGUGCGCGGCAUCCUGCACUGGCGAAGCUCGUCCAGCGACUCUGUGCCAAGCCCGCUGCCCGCCAGCUACAGCUACACCGUGGGCAUGCAGGACGCCGCUCUGGCCCGGAACGCCACCACCCAGCCUCCGACGCCCACCUCCUCCAUGCCCGUUUCUCUCUCCAUGCCCCUGUCCCUACCCCAUUCGUCCUCGUCCUCCCUGCCCCCCUCGUCGUCCAGCAGCGCCACCUCUCUGUCGCUCUCAGACGCUGCCCGGGACCGCCGGCGGAGCAACGGCGAAGGCGGCGAGAAGGACAAGUGGAGCCACCGUCUGGAAAAAUUGCGACUGACACGUUCCCCGCCCCCCGUUCUCACCCAUAGCGCCGGCUCCUCCGUGCCGCCGCCCAGCAACGCCGCCGGCGUGGCGCCACCCGGGAAGGUGAGACGGCUGGUUCGGGAAGGCGGGGUGAGCGUCAGUUCAUCCAACGACGAGCUGAGCGGCGGUCACGGCUUCUCGGGCUUCUCCUUCGCUCUCCCGCUUCACGGCCCCGACAACAACAACGCGGCGGGCGCCGCCAACGUUCCCUGGAGGGGCGGACGCUGGCACAAGUGUCGUCUGGUCUUCCGAGAGCGGGAACGAGAAGGCGAUCGAGGCGAGGAGUACUACUUGGAAUUCUUCAUUCCGCCCAAGGCGUCCAAACCGCGGCGGACAGUGGCGUGCGGCGCCAUUGUGGAUGUGAGGAGCACGACAGCGCUGGAGGUCCCCGACAAGGAGAACAGCUUCCUGCUGCAGCUUGAGGGCGCCGUCCAGUAUGUGAUCGAGACGCGGGACGCCGUCCAGAUGAGGGCGUGGCUCAGCGACAUCCGCAACGGCGUCUGUCUCAGCAGGCGGGAAGAUCCCGACGGCGGCGGCCCGCCGGACAUCAGCGGCACGCCGGAGAUCGUCGAGCGUCUGUCGCAAGCGUGUUACGGCGGUGUCGCGGGCUCCCCCCCUCUGAUGGAGCCUCUCCCCCCCGAAUUGCCGCCCCGAGCCCCGCUUGACGAAUCCGAUGCGCGCAUUCUCGGGGGAGGCGGGGCUAGCCUGGGUACGCCGUUUGCCGAGACGCCGGACGCUACAGGCUCCUUCCUCUUCUCUGAGGUGAUGCCGGGCGAGGCUCUGGAGCACCCGCUCAGCGAGUGCCAGUGGUUCCACGGCACCCUGUCGCGCCUCAAAGCCGCCCAGCUGGUGCUGGCGGGCGGGCCGGCGAGCCACGGCGUCUUUCUGGUACGCCAGAGCGAGACGCGGCGCGGCGAGUACGUUCUCACCUUCAACUUCCAGGGAAAGGCCAAGCACCUGCGUCUGUCUCUGAACGAGGACGGCCAGUGCCGCGUGCAGCACCUUUGGUUCCAGUCCAUCUUCGACAUGCUGGAGCACUUCCGCGUGCACCCCAUCCCGCUGGAGUCGGGCGGCGCCUCCGACGUCACGCUCGUCAGCUUCGUGGGCGCCGCCGCCAUCCGCCAGCCGGGCCGCGACAGGGCGGGCAGCCGGCCCACCGUCUGUGAUGUCAUCACCACGCGCCAUCCCGACUCUCCAUCAACACCCAUCUCUGACUGUGUACUUGACCAGCAGACCCCGUAGCCCCCCGCAGCCGCCCCCCCUGCCGCCGGGACGCCCGCCGCCCCCGACUCCGCCACAGGAGCGAGGACGAGAGACCGACCCAGAGGCGACGACCGUGGCGGGGAGCGGCGGCGCGGGUGGUGGCGGUGCAGCGGAGGAGCGGGACGACCGGGACGCUCCGCCGCGCCAGCUGGAGGCGGCGGAGGGAGACGAGCCGGAGGCCGCGCGAGCGCCCCGAGCCGUGGACAACCAAUACUCGUUCUUCUGAGGAUGAGCUCGACAUUUUGUCGUGGGAGGAGCCGUGCAAGUACGACAAGUUGUAACACUAAACGCGUGAGCGCGACACGAGACGGACGCACGUUGAGAGCAGCUUUCCACACUAACGAGCGCUGCGUACACGUGUACCUCACACGACCGCCGCCUAACCUCCACAACCACCUCAUCCGAAGGCGCGUGUGUGUGUGUGCGCGCGUGUGUGUGUGUGUGUGUGUGUGUGUGUGUAAGUAGCAGCGUGACGAGUGGCCGCUAUCUUGACUUUUCUGUGGGGGAGGGGGAGCAAAAUGAGCACUACAAAUGCUUCUAAAAUCCUCCGUAAAGUAUAAAUUCAUAAUUGAUGACUAAAGUAAAUGACCUCUUCAACUGCUCUUCUCACCAAUAAAUUCCAUUUGUGUUAUUUAAAUGUUAUUUAGGGCAAGUGCCGCCGUUUGAAACAUCACAGUGGCUUUGGCGCGUCAAUUUGGAGAACCCGUCGGAAUUUCGUCCCGAUCACGCAUACUGGUGGAUAUUUUGAACUAUGGCUUUUCAGCCAAUCAGAGAAGGGCUUCCCUGAGUUAAACCAUAGAUAUGAAGACUAGAUACAUCAGCGUCUCUGGCAGUCCAGCUGACUGACAUGGCAAUGUGGCAGCCAUGUUGGGAGGGGCGACGUUCCCAUCCAAGUCAAUGCAUGGAAAGAGAAAUUAAGUAGUAACUUGCUCAUUUCUCCACUGAUUUUCAUGGUUUCCUUUUUUUGUCAACAUGUGCUAUUAAUAUAUAACAGUUUUUAAAACCAAAAAAAAACUUUUUUUUUUUCUUCCCCUCCUACACCUGUGAAAGGUUAUUCCCAGUUGCCUUGUUGUAUGCAAUGUGCCGGCAUCUGUGUUGUUUCACAGGUGAAAAUAUUUGUUGGCUUUAAAAUGUAAUAUAUAUGUAUAUAUUAAAAGCCCCUGCUUUGGCAUUGACGAACAAAGUAAACUUAAUGAAAAUCGGGUCAGAAAUGAGCACAUUCUGAUUUAUUUUCAAUGUCCACGUGUUGCCUUUAAUGGGAGCGUCGCCCCUGCCAACAUGGCCGCCACAUAGACAUGUCGCUUAGCUCGGCUGCUAUAGCGUGCUGGAGUAUUGCGUGUUCUCUUCAUAGCUGUGGUUUUACUCAGGUUUGAAGGUGUGUUUUUAACCAGAUAUCACCCAAAAAGGACACAAAAACCUCAAUUUCCUCAACAUCUGAUUUUCUAAAUUCUUGGUGUGCUGUACUCGGGUUGAUGUGGCCAUUCCAACCUCACUCAACAUUUUGGCGAAAUUUUGUCAUGUUGCUUGCUCGUAGUACUUUCCCUUUCAAAUAGUUCACCGUUUACAGAAGGGGUGUCCAAAAAGAAAAAUUGAAGGAUGCAAGGGCCACUUGCGGCUUCCUCGCCUUUAAUUUAUUAAACACUGUACUAGGGCUGCACCAUAUUACAAAAAAUUGACAUUGCCCUUUUUUGUAACACUGCGAUGUAGAUUGCCGUCUGAAAAAUACAGGAUGACAUACUGGUGACAUUUGAAAAGCGGCACAUAUUUUUAGUUUACAAUAGCUUCAGUAGACCCUCAACAGAAGUCGUCUGCAAGUCAUUUAGCACAAGGCUCCAACUCCCCGCCCGCCACUACCCGAAGCGGGCCGCUCGGGGCUCGUCCUCCCGGCCUCACCAGGUUAAGUAGGAAAAACAAAUAGUUUAUUUUGUCAAGUGCAGAAAAUGUGAUGGUGUUCACGUUAACAGGAUGUUAUCCUGUAUUUUUCACGUUGCAAUUUAUAUCGCAGGGUUACCAAAAAUGGCAUAACCUUUAUCACAGUAUUGUGCAGCCCUAGUGUGUGCGCGCGUGAAUGAGUGUGUGUUUGUAUGCGCGUGUGUGUACGAGGUCACAUUCAGUUGACUCCUGUUUAACCCGAGCCGAUGUUGUCAUCACAUCAUCCGGCGCCUUUUUUUUUUUUUUUUUUUUACCUCAGUGUCUCUCAGCGAAUGGUCCGUCUUGUUCUCGCUCUCGCUGGCAACAAUAGUAUUGAUUUUGUUUGUCUCAAAUGUCUUUGUGCCUUCUUUUGUUUUUGGGGGGCAAGCGCACCUCUUUUGUCCGCCUUGUUGUUGUCGUCCAUUCAGCAAAAGAAACUUUUCUACUCGUGCCUUUUCUGUCUCCGUUCACGUUUGCGUUUCUUUUGAAUUCCACAUGGUUUCUGUCGGUCUCACAACUCUUUGUGCCUUUUUCUCUCACUUCUUGUCGUCGCUGGGACCGUCGUGUGUUGAGGGCGGCGGCUGUGCGCCCCGCUCGUUAGUUUCAGGUACUACAAUGAAUUUAUUGAUUAUAAUAUAAAUAUAGUUAACACA